UAACUUAGUAGCUGUAUAACAAGCAAUUUACUAUUACAAAUAUAAAUAAAACAGAAAAAGUUCCAAUAUCCUCUCUCUCAUCAGUUAUCACAGCCAUAAACAACAUAUUCUGAGAAUCUCCUUCCCCAUAUCCAGAGCCAAAAGCCUGAGCACAAUUUGCAGUCAUAUUUUUGCUGAAAUAAAAUAUACUCUCAUUCAAAAAGCAAGCCAUAGAGAGAAAUAAAUUUCUUGUGGCUGCCCAGAAGUGAGAAGUUUAUUAACUUUACAUACAUAAUACAGAAAGAAGAGAGAGACAUGUGUAUUCAAGAAGCAGAGCAAGUGACUGAGGGAAUGGAGGACAUGGGCUUCGAAGAAGAUGAUGAUAAUCCUAGCUUCAAGCCCAUGCCAUGCAAUUCUCAACUAGAUUUCUCCAAUACUCACACUCCAAAUUCAUUCCAGCUGGAAAGCAUUUGCGAGAACUCCACUGUUUCUGAAAGAAUGCACUUUGUCCCUAUCCUGCGAUCAGGAGAUUGGUCGGAUAUUGGAGGCCGAUUGGAUAUGGAGGACACUCAUAUUUGUAUUCCGGACUUGGCUUCUAACUUUGGUUACGAUUUAAGUGGUGCAGAUGCUAUAUCCUUUUAUGGCGUGUUUGACGGGCAUGGCGGGAAAUGUGCAGCUCAGUUUGCACGUGAUCACUUGCCGAGAAUUAUUGUUGAGGAUGCCGAUUUUCCCUUGGAACUCGAGAAGGUGGUCACGAGAUCUUUCAUCGAGACUGAUGCCGCUUUUGCAAAAUCUUGUGAAAUUGAGUCCAAUCUAUCAUCUGGAACAACUGCCCUAACCGCUAUGAUUUUCGGCAGAUCAUUGCUCGUUGCAAAUGCGGGAGACUGUCGAGCCGUGCUAUCUCGAUCCGGAUUCGCCAUUGAGAUGUCAAAUGACCACCGUCCUACUUGCUUGAACGAGCGGUCGAGAGUCGAGUCUCUCGGUGCUUACGUGGACGAUGGGUACUUGAACGGCCAGCUGGCGGUGACUCGGGCUUUGGGCAAUUGGCACAUCAAGGGCCUAAAGGGGCCCGAAAAUGACGGGCCACUCGUUGCCGAGCCCGAGCUUAAGCUGAUCACACUCACAAAGGAGGACGAGUUCUUGAUCAUUGCAAGUGACGGUAUAUGGGAUGUGUUCAGAAGUCAAAACGCGGUGGAUUUCGCGAGGAGACGGUUAAAGGAGCACAAUAAUGUGAGGCUGUGUUGUAAGGAGAUCGUGAACGAGGCCAAGAAACGUGGGGCCACCGAUAAUUUGACUGUGGUGGUCGUGUGUUUUCAUACGGACCCGCCAAAGUCGGUUGUGGUGCAGAGGGGUCGGGUGAGGAGGUCUAUUUCUGCAGAAGGGCUUCAAAACCUGAAUUUUCUACUUCAAGGCUAAAAUAAAUAAAUACAAACUGUUCAUUUUUUUUCUCCAUGGUUUCGAAAGCUGGCAUCGUGGUGAGUGAGAGUUUUUGGAGAUAUAUGAUACGAGAGACGAUAAAUUUGGUGUUGUCGGUAACUUGUAAAUGUGCCGUUUUGAUACUUUGAAAGCUUCCAUUUGAUUGUUCAACGGGAAUAAAGCAUGAGUAUAAGAUUCAUGUAGGUGUUGCAAGGCAUAAUAAAAGGAGGGGCGGCUAUUGUAAAUGGACACAAUUGUAAUGACUGAAUAUUUCAUUCUGAUAAACAAAUUUUUAUGUAUCAUUUGAACUUUUGG